CCGAUCUGUAACAUGGAUAUGCACUUAUACAUAUAUACAUACAUGCAGCUGUUUGGUCACAUGUAUGUGCGUGCAUGCACAGCACACACCACGUUGAUAGCAAAUACGAAAGUACGAUAGAGACGAAACUGCUAACGUGGUAGACAUACAGAACGCGGUAGGAGGUCAUAGAUAGGCGUUAUGCUACGGGUCGGUAGACGAGACGGUGUUAACAACGAGGGUUAUAGUGAACGUUUCGCUUGGCGACAUGAUCGGCUCGUACUCGUUCAAGCAUCGAGACCCGCCUAGUGUUCUUAGCGAUUAUUUAUCGUCGUCCGAACGGCCAACAUGAGUACUUGGGACGAUCGUACGUACGUGCGUGCAUACGUAAAGGUGUGCGCAAUUAAGAGUACAAUGCUCUGUAUGGUAAAAAAAGUACACAAUGAUACACGGCCUUUUGUGAUGUCUUCCCGUUCCCGUGUUUACACACGCGCGCGAUUAUAGUGUAUGUACUCGGUACAUGCGUACGCGUAUGUGUGACGGGAGAGAGAGAGAGAGAGAAAGAGAAGCAGCAAAGCGGAGAGUAUUUGUACCACAAAAAAGACGUACUGGAGGGAAGAAGGAGGGGCGAAAGGGAAGAAGAAUAUACACUACACGCGCAUGCAAUCGCCGACGAAACGUGUUGCCAUGAGAUGAUGUGCGGGCAUAUACGCGUUGAAUAAGUAUCGCGGAAACCUAUUUAUGUGUGUAUCAUAUCGCGCAACGUGCACGGCCGCGGCGCGAGUGAUCGAUGUCGGUUCUCGCGUUCGUUUUAAUCGACACACCACCGUCCGAUGCCAUGAAAAAUAUGCAUGUCCUUUCGUCGAGUGGUUUUUCGUUUCUCGGACUGCUGUGCGCGAUCAAUACCUCAGUCGGUCGUCGCCGCGGAGUGCCAAGUCAGUUCGUCAUCGUCUAACGAUGUCACUCAUCGUCGCGGUGAUUAUGUCGAUCGAUCGAACGUGUAAUCAAUUUUAUUGCUACGACAAAUAGCAUUAACAGAAAAUUUAUUUCGCCUUAUUCUGUCCUCCUGGCUGCUGCUGAUGCGAUCGUCAUAGUGAACGACGACGACGGUGGUGUCUGGUGUCGGUGUCGGUGGUAUAGUAGUGACAGUGGCGACGACAGUGGCGGUGAUUGUGACGGCGGCGACAGCGAUAGUAGUGGUAGAAAUAGCUAUGGCUGUGGUGGUGGCGGUCGAAUGGCGGUCGCGGUGGCGAUCGUGAUAGCAGCGACUGUAGCGACGGUAGAGACGAUAAUAUCAAAGACAGUGACGAUAGUAACGAGCACGGCAGUGAUAACCAAGUUCGCGAAACAAUGGAUAUGCGUUACCUGGACGUAUCUAUAAUCUUUAUGAAAAUAACAUGAGAGAUGGAAAAAUAUGCAAACGAAAUCAGCGCGAGGGAGAUAGAAAGAGAAGAAGCGAUCGAGUCGAGGAUAUUCGUGCUUCGUUCUCGUCAAGCGUUUCGUUCUCAUUGAGGAAAAUCUAGGAGAAGGAACGGACACGGAUUAACCAGUGGUGUGAUAAAUGGAAAAGUGAUCGAGAACGAAUAACAAUCAAAUAAACAACAAUUAACAAAUAACAAUUACAAUCGUUUCAGUGUAGAUUAUCGUUCUCUACGGAUCUGUGUAUAAACUCGUUCGGGCAAAAACGAAUUAUCAUGUACAUGGAAGCGACGUUGCGAUGGACAAUAGACUGCGGAUAAUAGAUAGCUGGAUCUCGCCGCGUUGAAUAUUACGCCAAGGGGUGCAGGUCUUGGGAGAAAACACAUGAACGGGUUACGCUUAUUCUCUCGUCUCCUGUACCAAAAGAGAAGUGAUGGAGAUGUAACUGCAUCCCUGCCGAGACAAACACUGUACCCAUCUCGCAUGCUUGUUAGUGGUUUUGUUUCAUUCGGCUGGACGAAUGAUAUGUCGUCGCGUUAAGUGUCGGGAAAGUGAAUUGCGUGUAGAUUUCGUGUCCAUACUAAAAGUGUAAAUAAAUACCGUCUAUAUGGCUCGCGUGAAAUAGCGUGGUGCGUGGCACGAGCUGUUUCAAGUACUGGUUAACCCGUUGAAUCAUUUUACGCAUCGAUACGAAUAAUGGAGACGUUAUUGCCUGGCAAUGCAAAUAGCCAAUCGUACAGCCCACAAUUAAAAACCGUGUUGAAGACAUAUCAGCUAUCCGCUGUGAAAAGUUUACAAGGUCCGAGCUCGGCCCUGCUUGGCAUGGACUGCAAGAGUCUUCUGCAAGAACAGACGCCUUGUUACUCUCCCACGAACAGGUCGAGUAAUUGUGUCACCGAUUCAUCACUGGACCAGGUUCCAGUGAAGGAAGUUGAAAAGGAGAAGAGUUCAUCUGUAACACCUAUCGUUCCAUGUAAAGUUCGCAGAACGGAUCAACCACUGGAAGACUCCGACGAGGACCCGCAGUUGGAGCGUUCGAAGAAUGUGUGCGAGAAGAGAGAAUUAGAAUUUCAAAUCCCUAUAUUAACAGCUCCUGACCAAAGCUGCUCUGAGAGGUGCGAAACAACGCUGGAAGGUGAGAGGAUAUCGUGUUUUGUUGUCGGUGGCGAGAGGAGGUUAUGUUUACCACAGAUACUGAACACGGUGCUGCAGGAGUUCUCGCUCCAACAGAUAAAUCAGGUCUGCGACGAACUGCAGAUUUAUUGUUCGCGGUGUACGCGUGAUCAGUUGGAGGAACUGAAACAUUCGGGAAUUCUUCCGCGUAACGCUCCUUCCUGUGGCCUUAUCACUCAAACGGACGCCGAGAGACUUGUCAGUGCUUUGCUUUUACGGACAGAGUCUUGUGAUCAAUCGGCUCAAAUCGGGCAGAAUCAAGAUACUGUCGAGAAGAAAGUGAGCGUGAAAACGGAUAACGACGACGAAGUGAUCACCAAAUUCAAAGUCUAUCACGAAUGUUUCGGUAAAUGCAAGGGCAUAUUCGAUGCAAAUUUGUUCGAAUCCGACGAUUCGGUGUGCAUAGAGUGUGUCGAAUGCGGUUGCCAAUUUUCACCACAACGUUUUGUUAGACACGCUCAUAGAUCUCUUGAAAAUCGUACCUGUCAUUGGGGAUUUGAUUCUGCAAACUGGCGAUCGUAUCUGUUACUCUCGCGGGAUCAAGAACAUUACAACAAAUCGCUUACGUCGUUCAGAGAACUGAAGGAGAAACAUCUCACGUUGGGUUCCAAACGAAAGUCAGAGUUGCGGCAUGAUUCAGAGAAGUUAAAGCGAAUCAGAAAGGACGUGGGUAGAGACGAUUGUCCAGGAAUAUAUAAUGGAAAUGGUUUAGGCAUGUACCAUCCUGUAUCUCACGUAGCUAACGCAACUGAUCCAUAUCUGCGAAUGCAAUGGGCAGUCUUUGAAUUAGCAGCCAGAGGAGCAUCAGCUUUUAGGCCUUGGAACACCACAAAUGCUUGCAAGCAUAAGGAUAAUUCGACAUUGGUGCCUGCGUAUCUUAGUCGAGGCCCACCUGUCUUACAACAUCCUGAGCGCGUGGUUCCCCUGUCCGAGUGCAAACGUUUUGAACCACACUUUCAACCGAACGUAGCCUUAGCACCGAUAUCUGCGCCAUCAGUGCCUGUAGCACCUCCACCAUCUGCUCACCAUCAACGGCGACAUCACCAUGAACAUAAACGCUAUAACCAUCACUCGUCGAGUCCUAGCGAGAAGAAAGAGCCAUCAUCGGAUGUCGUCGUUAAAAUCGAGAAACCGUUAUCGGGCACCGUGUCAACGGUUGCCACGUAUUCCGCAUUCCCUGCUUACGGACCUGGAAGCGAUCAAAAGGAAUCGCCGCAGGAGAGUAAACACGAAACGAUAGGUGAAGAGGAGGAGAGCAGUGCCGCGGUAACGUCUUCGACGAUAAAUAUAGAACCGCCUUCGGUUGAAAUUGGAACUUCCUCGUUAGAAAGUGAUUCCGAUUCCGAAGGUACGGCGGCGAUAGAUUUGGAGGAGAGGCUAGUCGCGUUGAAGGUGCCCCAAGACGUCCUGGAACUGGCGCGACGUAUUGUUUCAGAAAAUGCACAAUUACGACGUAACCGAUGUUCGGACGCGCGCGAAAUAUCACGGUUACGCAAUGAAUUGCAAAUGCAACAAAUACAAUCAUCGAACGAUGGUGAUAAGAAGGAGGAACCUACGACGAAUGCAGCGAGUGCGGCGGACAGCACGGCAGAGGAUAGCGAGGAUACGGAAGCUAUAUUACCAUCAAAUACCAAUAAAGAGUCUGAACCCGUUGUUCUACCCGUUAGUAAUGAAUAAAAUUAAUGAUUAGAAUUUUUUAAAUUAUUUAACUACAAAACUGCUCAGCAAUUUUUUGCAACGUUCGCCCGGCGUCGAGCGAGCGCGCAUUAAAUUUAGUAAUAGUUAUAAUAAUGAUAAAUUCUAAAUGAAUAAAAAACUGUUUAGGUUUAUGUGAUAUAUAGAAAGCCUUUAAUGUUGUAAUCGUUUAUUUGAAAUUUUUAUUGUAAUCGUACUUUGGAUUACUUUAUCGACUUUCAUUGAAAUCGAGAUUGUAGAUAUUGUAAUAUACGGAACAUGUAUGGAAAAGCAACAUAAAUUAAUCAAGGUUUAACAGUUAUUAUACUUAAUGGUGUUUAAAAAUAAGGUCUAUUGUUGCAUAUUACAUAUGCAGACAGCAGGACGGUUUUUUCAAGUUGAAUUAAUUCAACAGUUAAAUGAUGAUCAGGAAACAAGAGAUUAAAUUGCUUUCCGUUUAAUUUUUUUUAUAGUCAUCAUUGCAUAAUGUAAAUACAAUUCAAUUAUCAUAGAUAUGUAUGUUUAUAUUGAUAAUAUUGUCAUGCAAAAUAUUGCUAAAGUACAAAAAAUCUUUAGGUGCUAUAUUGUUACAUUAGGAAUGUUCUAAGCAUAAACUUAGGUGUAUUUCAGCAGAUCGUACUACAUAAUAUAUCGUAUACGUUCAUUAUGCUUCAGUUAUCGCUUUAAGGCGUUUAAUUGCAAUGCAAUUUUAUUUCUCGCUAAUCAACUUAAUCAUCAGUGAUCGCAAGUGAAAAAUAAGUUAAUUAUUAUUAUUUAAAACGUUUCGAAUCGGUGAAUUUAUUAUUACU